GGUUUCCUUCUUGUUGUUUUUGGGGGAAUUUUUGUUAAAGGAAACUAUAAAGUGAGCAAUUGCACAGAACAAGCACAACAACAAGACGAGAUUUCCCAACACAGCUUUAUCAUGACGUUCGAUUUCACUCCCCAAACGCCCGACCUCGAUUUCCCUCUCUUUGAGAGUACGGAUCUUUUUGGAAAAGAGGUCAGGUAUCCAUCCCCCAUGAUGGAUUUCCCAAUAGACGACAAGAAUGUAGAUUGGGGUGUAUUUUACCCAACACCUGAAGAGGAGCCUUUGGCUGCCUUUGAGGCGAGCGAAUACAGUAGUGGCACGCCUUUGUUUGAGGAGGUUGGGCAGUUCGAAGAGUCAGUGGAUCCUGCUGUGCUGCAUUCGGAAGGAGAUGGCUUGGGGCUUGCCUUAUUUAGUUCCAUGGACGCUACAUCAUCUGCUAUGGACACUCCUUCCGACACCAUCAGAGUCUCCCUCCCUGACCUCGCCGUCCUCCUCAGUAACCUCGUCCGACCGGUUCCAGCAGCAGAAGCAUCAUUAGAAGGCCUCUCCCCUGCCCGCUCGAAGAUCCGACGACGCCCAUCAAAGAUUUACCCCUGUCCCAUCCCAGGCUGUCCAAAGUCGUUCACGAGGAAAUUUAACCUCCAGACUCACCUUCGGACGCACGACCCUGCGAGAGCGAGGCCAUUCGAGUGUCCCGAGUGCAAAAAGACAUUUCUACGUGUUCAUGAUUUAGAGCGGCAUGAGACAGUCCAUUCAAAGAUUAAGGCUCAUGUCUGUCCUGGGGAGGGCUGCUUAAAAAGGUUUACGAGAGCGGAUGCAUUACGGAGACAUUUGAAGACGAGCAAGUGUGUUGAUCCCAAUGAUUGAUGAAGAGGAGAGGUGUAGUUAAAUGACGAUGAUCUAGACGAGUUUUAUGAACGCACACGGUAAAAGAGAUUUUCUCUUUGGACACACUCUACGGUACCCCGGCCGUCUUCCGGCAAAAUAAGACUACCAACGCACUCUUCCGAGUCGAGUCUCUCCUCCCUCGCGGGAGUUGAAGGGACAUUCUAUGUAUCGGUUUAUUGCGGUUUCUUGCCGGUGUUUGCGUCGGGUUGGGUUGGGAUGUCGGACGUGACGAGUUUUUGGCUAUGGAUGAACAGGGUAGUGAAUCCGAAUAUCUGUAUAUAUGCGUAUCCCGGCAAGGACACAUCGUCCCUUGCAAUAUCAUCAUUUUGUUUGUAAUAAAGUUCCAGUCCACAACCCAUCAGUUGGGUUUCAUCCGUGUAAGCCA